AAGCAAUGUUCGAAGAUUGUAGCCCGUGUACCCUAGUACCAAAGAGAAAAGGUAUAUCCUAGUACCAUAGAGUAUACUAGUAUAUAGGGAACCUAGUACCUUCUGCGUUAGGUAUACCUACUUCGUACGUUUAUUUAUAAAAUUUAUAGGACACAAUAAUCGCAAUAAGUGCUUAUAAGUGAUGUUAGAUUUGAAGUGAAUAUUAGUCUAAAUUUAUCAUGGAUAAUAUAAUUUCUUGGAGAGCGGAAGAUGAAGCCAUCAUAGCGACUAAUACCGACGCUACAGAAUGCAAGAGAUGCGCAGUGGAGUUGGGAUAUUGGAAGGACGAUUACAUCUCAUAUUUUGUUAAACAUGUAGAUAGAAAAGCCCCUGAGAUAAAUCGAGGUUACUAUGCCAGAGUCCGAGCCAUGGAGAUGUUUAUCCAUCAAUUUUUGGAGAGGUGUGACACAAAAUGUCAAAUUAUAAAUCUUGGCUGCGGCUUUGACACACUGUAUUGGAGGCUGAGGGAUACAACUCAGGCUGUUGGCAAUUUUACUGAGUUGGAUUUCCCUUCAGUAACAGCCAAAAAGUGUCACAUCAUCAAGCGUAACAAACAGCUUCUUGAAAAAAUUUCUAAUGAAGAUGGCGAAGUGGUGAUCCGUGGGGGCGACUUGCAUUCGGAUGGAUACCAUCUAUUGAGCUGUGAUCUGCGUUGCCUAGGAGAAGUGCGCCGUAAACUUGCAGUUGGUGGUAUCAAUGAUUCGGCACCCACACUCAUAUUGGCCGAGUGUGUGCUUGUGUACCUACGGCCCGAUGCAGCUGCUGCAUUACUAAGCCAUCUUGCUUCUACAUUUACACGUUGUGCUCUACUUGUCUAUGAACAGUGUAAUCUCGGCGACAAAUUUGGAGAGGUAAUGUUACGAAAUUUAAAUGCACGUGGUUGUGCCCUUGCUUGCGAACGACUUUGCCUUGAGCCAUCAGCCCAAGCAGAGCGUAUGGUCACGCUAGGGUUCGACAAAGCACGUGCCUGGGAUAUGGAAACAGUAUGGCGCGCGUUUCCCGAAGAAGACCGCGUUCGUGUCGAGUCACUAGAAAUGCUAGACGAACGCGAAUUGCUACAACAACUCAAUACACACUACGCGCUCACAGUGGCUACACGAGGCGAUGUGUUUGCUGAUAUGGACCUAAAUGCGUAGACAAACGUGUCGCCUUUCGUGCUUAUAUCCAGCCGCCCAGAGCGCGCCCGAAUGCGGCGCCGCACUUAUCAAUGUAAAAAUUCCUUUGCGCUUUUUAUGCCUACUCUUUGUAUGCACCGUUUCUUUCUCAGUAGAUUUGAUUUUGGGCCAGGUCUGAUUUGUGUGAUGUCUGGUUGUCGUGAUGCACUAAUGGUUAUAUUCAAAAACUAAAAAUUUGUCCCCUAGAAAAUCUAAAAGAUCUCUAUAGAAUAACAAAUUAAUGUCUUUAGAAAUUUUAAUAUAUUUUUAUUAAUCUUUUAUAAAUGAUCUUUGCUUAAAACGGAAAUGUUCUAUUCUUUACUUUUUUUGCGGAUCCCAACUUCUUAAAGUUAUAGGAUAAUUUUAAGUUUUAUUUGAUGUGGUGCAGAUUAUUUAGGUGAUUCGGAUAUAGCGUCGGUGAUCGCAAGCGUGUAAAGCAGUGUUUCAUGAAGCAGCUUCUAGUCUUAAUGCGUCCAUUUUUACGAAUUGAAGUUCUUGUGAUUAUUUAAUUAAAUACAUACCUCACCAUUCGGUAAUUAAAACAAAAUAUAGCAUAGGGUGCGUCUAUGUCUUGCGGAUGCAUAUUACGCGCGACUCGUGAUCAACUUUUACGAUACAACAAUGUCAUACGAACAAUAGUUACCCAAUUUGUUGUGAGUCGUGACGGUUAAUUUAUCCUUGGAUGACUAUCGUCUCUAGCUGAUCCCAUUAAAUCGGCCGUUUGUUGUCAUUGUAUCGUCAUUCAAACUAUUGUCAUUACCAAGUUUCGUAUCUCGCUGUUCCCAUUGUACAUUGACGACAUUUUAUGGGUUCACGACAGUCGCCCCGGAGUGUUUUUCGAGAUCUUUUUAUCGUGGCUACGAUACAUAUGCACAACAAACAACGAUUCACGGUUUGCGGUCACGAUCAUCGUUUUUCUUAGUUAAGUCGCGUAAAGAUACCUCAUUUUGAUAAUUUGGCUGAUUGUAAUCAGACUACACUACAUUAUACUAUGCGAAUAAACAGACGCAUUCAUCUGGACGGCACCCUCUGUAAAAAGAAAUGGAUAUUUCUUCGGAUUUAAAAUUAGAAAAAGGAAAUGUUAGGAUCAAGUGAGGGACAGUUUCACAUAGAGAACAUCUUUUUUUUAUUUUGUGGCUGUUUCCGUUUUAAACAGAAAUUAAAAAAACAUCUCUGCAUUCAUAGAGAUAUAAGAAUACAGUGGGGAAGGCGGCUAUAAAAGUGUCCAUCUAGUAGAAAGAGAAAAAAGACGAGAGACCGCUAACUAUAUCUCUCUCUUGUGACGCAUGGCAUCCAAUGGCAUCACAUCGAAAUAGUAAGAUGCUUACGGUUGCUAAUGCGCAUGCACGAUUAGAGAGAGAAAGCUAGCGAUCUCUCAUCUUCUUUCUCUUUCUAUUAGAGGGCCACUUCCCCUUGUAGUAGUCUAUAUCUCCCCUACUCUAUUCUUACACCUCUAUGUCUGCAUUACACCCGGCCAUUUGACGUCUGAUGACAGCUGCUUUAGAUGGUGGCUGAAAAUAAUAAAAACACAUCAAGACGGACCAUAGCUAAAUAAGAAAAGGGCAGAGAUAUUCCUAGUGUUACAUUGUAUCUCACUUGACUUUGUUUUGAAUACUCAUGAUAGUGUUUUGUUUUGAUCGCAUUGAAAUUGUUAAUGAUGGGAUGGGUAUCACUUCAGUUAUGUGACACAGCAUUUUGAGAACAACAAUUUUGAGAUUUCAGACUUGGCAAUUUGAUGGUAAUUGACUUGGAAGUACUCUUAACAAAAAAAACUUUCUUUGUUGUAGUAUAGAAAUGCUGUGGUGCUCUAAUGUGUGCGUAUUCUUAAUCAGGUGUGAUAUAUCGAUAUGAUUGUGUUAAAAUUUAACUGGGAAUGACCCACAUUUUGAUUUUUGAAUAGGUCAUUUGGAAUUAGAGAAACUUAGAAUACAAAUACUUUUUUUGAUAGUAAAUAAAAAUCCUGAAGGGAGUAAAUAUUAAACUGUGGUGACAGAUUUUAAAUGAAAAAAAAAAUGGUCUGUAUUAUCACUUUCAUAUCAAUAAUUUUUACUUGGUGAUCAGAAUAUGUGUGGACAUCAGAAUGUAUAAGCCUAUGGCAAUUAAGAAGUAUAACAUUUUGCAGACCAAUCUUCGAUCUUUCAUGGCUCUUUGACGCCUCGCCUUGCGGCUGGUCCUAUUUUUUUGGUCGCAACUCGAAAGUAGUUAAAUUGUGAUGUCAAUCAGACUACCAUUACAAAGAAAUAACAAAACUUGUCACAGGCUUCUUUUUAUCACUUAAUUUUGUAAUUCCAAUGUAAAAGUGAUACUUUGAAGAGUUAGUUUAAGUUUUAAUUUAUAUUUCGUUGGAUUGUUUUGUUAAAAGAGUCAUCAGAUUUAGAAACUUAUUUUUAUUGGUCGUUAUAAACUUUUACUUAAGCUAUUUUACAAAUACACAUAAGAUUAUCACAAAUAUUUUAAUACGACUUCAACUUCGGCUGGUUGCGACUGUGGGGUAGAUUUCAAAAAGGUCACAAGGGAAACGUCAAAUUAGCGAAGAGCUUGUUGUAGAACGCGAUUCCAUGGCCAUUUAACAUCCACUGAAACAAAAGUUUUAAUUGUGAAUAAAACCUAAAAACUUGUGUUAAUAAGAAUUGCUUUUGUCACUAGCAUAUUUCUAUGAGUAAGAAAUGUGUUACUCUUCAAUUAGAAUGAAGGUAACUCUGCCCUGGUGAUGUCAUAAGACCACUUUACUGUAAUAUUAUUAUAACAUUAGUUUGUCCAUUGUAUUGGUUACAUGAUCGUCUAAAUGUUGCACUAUAACUGCAGUCUUAUCAGUAUAUUGUAAAAAAAAAUCAAUGGCAUUAAAAGUAAUCUAUUUAUUGUUUCAGCGGCCCAAUUCAGUAAAAUAUAAGACUAAUGUUAUUUUAAUAAAAAAAAAUAUGUUUUUCUAAAAACUGAUUGUAGUCUUUAUAUGUAUGAUCAUAGAGUUUCUUACUGUAUUCUUGUAAUCAUAUCAUAUUAACAAUAUUCAAACGACGUGUAGAGUAAGGCAAGUUCUAGUGGCUCAAUAGAGUUGGUCGUGUUUUAUUGUGGUUAAGACUGUUCUAAAAUUGGUAUGUUUUUUUUUAUUGUGUACACCAUCAAAGUAUUAUAGCGAUCGAACUUUAAAAGUCGGACAGAAUGCAAACGACGACGCAUGUCUUCAGUGGUUUUGACCCGCUGCGACAUAACGCAGUGCGAUGCGAACUAACGAGAAGUUAUGAUCACUAAAGUUCAUAUUUCGGAAACAAUAUGUCUGUUGGCAUUUCUCAUAAGCCCCCAAACGCGUGAAGUUUGCAAACAGCUCUGUCAAAAAUCCUACUACAUCCAUUAUUAUGUAAUAAUUAACUCACAAAAAGAAUGACCGGUCGCGCGAAAUCGUUUGUAUGCUGUUUUCCUUUACUUCAAAAGUCAUUCAAGCAUUCAAGUCGCCUUGUAUAUAGUUCAAUGUGAGUACUUAUGUGAAACAUACAGUAAUUUCAUAACGAAAUUUCGGGAUAGGGGUUUGUAAUGUCACCUAUAUACGCGCUAGGAAUGUUUCCUACGUAAGUAGUUUAUUUUGCGCUUUCAUGCUUCGUACGUAUAAGAAGACAAAUAACAAAAGUUUUGUAAUGUUACAUACAAAAGUCUUUUUUUAUUUGAGUAUUUUACGCAGUUUUAAAUUUCUGAAGCUAAUUGCACAUAUGGUAAAUGCGCCUCUCCGCCAGGUUUGCGGUGCAGGUACUGUAUGCUUAUAGGGCCAAGUUUGAGUCAAAUGUGUACACAUCUACACUUUUAGCCAAAAUAUUGCCACUACAUCUGCAAGAAGACAUACAACUAGGGAAAAUUGUGCGGGCGCGUAUAUAGGUGUUUUAAUAAACUUAGUUGAGGGUCGAGGUAUAAAACAGUGCUGUGUUAUGUGUAAGAAACGUGUUCCAACAUUUAAAUUAUUAUUAUUAUUAUGUAUAAUAUCUGAUAACGUUGUCUGUAGUAUAUAAAUUUUACGAGAUGUAAAUUAUAAUUUCAUUAUUAAAUUAUUGAUAACAUUCAAAUGUUGAUUGGAUUUGUUUUCUUUUUACUUCGAAAACUCCUCGUGUUUAUAUUUAAAAUCAUCAGACUUCAGAUGCUGUAGGUAGCGGCUCUCUUGAGGUAAAAAACAGACAAACUCGCAGUAGAUGUUUUUGUAUAUAAACUUGAUAUUGCGCAGGCCCCUUUGUUUAUGGCUUAGCUAUAAAAGUUCGCGGAGGUGUAUAAUGUAUAUAAUUUUAAUCAUAAUUCAUAUAGAGUACGUGAAGUAGAAAAAGCGGUGCAACAGAAUAGGCUGAUCUCUUUCCAGAUAUUAUUUUUGUUUUUACUGCUUUAUUACAAAAUGUGGACUGAAGUUAGACUUUGUUUAAACCCUAGAGCUGUCUAGGGCCACAUGCAUUCAACGUUUUUUUUAACCAAAUUUAUCUUAAAUCCAAUGUAAGACAUCUAUAAAUUUGUACUGCAGAUUGUAAAUGCGUGUGCCGUUCUAAUUGUGUAUCUUGCUACAAUGACCUGCUCCCGCUCCCUCUCUUCUGCAAGCGAGAGAGCGCAAGAGGGAGGCGGCCGCCUCCCAUGCCGUCUCGCUACGGAGCAUGGCCUCUACCAUCUGUUCCGCCUCUUAGUGCCGCGAUCAAGUCGCGACGCUGCUGCCACCAGGCCGAGCACUCCAACAAGGUGUGCUCGGCCGUAUCGUCCGGGGUGCCGCAGUGAUGACAAUGCGGCGUUUCCUCCCGACGGGCGACACGGUAUAGGUAGUGACCAAAGCAUUCGUAUCCGGUCAGGACCUGCACCACUGCGACCCACCCACUCCUCCAACACCGGACGAAUGGCCUCAAUCGUCCGGUGGCCGGCGCUCACUUGUUACAAUGACCUACCUGAGCUUGCGUCUUCCGUCUAAAAGUGAAGUAAACACGCAGAUAAUGCCCGCCUUAACGCUAGCUUCACAUUAGCGCAUCUUCACAAAACACUUGCGUCGCGAGCCGUUCUAUUUGUCUCUUUCUACCCUCACUACAAUAACCUACUCAUACGUUGCGUCUUCCCUCUAGACGUGUGGUAAGCACGCAUCUAACGCCUGCUUUAACGCUUGCCUCACAUCAGCGCAUCUUCACAGAACACUUGCGUUGAGUGCCGUUCUAUUUGUCUCUUUCUACCCUCAAUAGAGUGACCUACUUACCUAUUGCGUCUUCCGUCUUAAACGUGCGGUAAACACUCGGCUAACGCCUGCCUUAACGCUUGCCGCACAUCAGCGCAUCUUCACAGAAUACUUGCGUCGCGUGACGUAAGUAUGACGUUCCAUUUGUCUCUUUCUACUUUCACUACAGUGACCUACUCACCCGUCGCGUCUUCCGUCUAAACGUGCGGUAAACACGCUGCUAACGCCGGCCUUAACGCUUGCCGCACAUCGGCGCGUCCAUCACAGAACACUUGCGUCGCGUGCCGUUCUAUUUGUCUCUUUCUACCCUCACUAGAGUGACCUACUCACCCGUUGCGUCUUCCGUCUAAACGUGCGGUAAACACGCAGCUAACGCCCGCCUUAACGCUUGCCGCACAUCGGCGCGUCCUUCACAGAACACGUGGGUCGCGUGUCUUUCUAUUUGCACGAGGGUGUCGUGUCGCGGUAGAUGCACUAUGUCUCCUUCGACCCUCGCUUCGGUGAUGCCUUCCCGCGCGAGCGCCAAUACGAACGAUUCUACGUCCAAAGCGCCCCAGUGGACGCGAGCCGUUUCAGCAUCUGUGAAAAAAUGUAUUAUCAGUAAUAUUUUCGAUAACAACAGUUUAAAGACAAUAUAAGUAAUUUUUGGAAGGCAGUAGGUACAAUCUUUGUAACUUGUUGUUUAAACUCGCACGUAGUGUACGCCUGGAUCUCUAGAGGCUAUAAUUAAACCUACAAACACAAUUUAAGGCGGUAAAAUAGAGGAUGACCUAGUUUGUGGUGGAAGUGAUUUGUAUUUAUGCCAAUGGAGAGGGCUCCUCGUCUUGAGUAGUUAUGGAAAACUUUGUUUUUUUCCACCAUUUUGAAAUAAAACCUAAGAAUUUUUUUUUAUUCUCUUUUAUUAGCUAGCUG